CGGGGGUCCCGAUGACGGCAUCGGAGCGCGCCGCGUGGAGGCUCGGAAUCUGACUACACCGCUGGGGGACUGUGCUCCCACCCGAGUAGGACCGGGAGCUGCCCUCCCUUGGCAUGGGGCUGGAGGCCCAGAGGCUGCCGGGGGCCGAGGAGGCCCCGGUGAGGGUGGCCCUCAGGGUCCGCCCGCUGCUGCCCAAGGAGCUGCUGCACGGGCACCAGAGCUGCCUGAGGGUGGAGCCGGGGCACAGCCGCGUCACCCUCGGUCGAGACCGCCACUUUGACUUCCACGUGGUGCUGGAUGAGGACGCGGGGCAGGAGGCCGUGUACCAGGCCUGCGUGCAGCCCCUCCUCGAGGCUUUCUUUGAGGGCUUCAACGCCACGGUCUUUGCCUAUGGCCAGACAGGCUCUGGGAAGACGUACACCAUGGGGGAGGCCAGUGUGGCCUCCCUUCACGAGGACGAGCAGGGCGUCAUCCCGCGGGCCAUGGCCGAAGCCUUCAAGCUUAUCGAUGAGAACGACCUGCUGGACUGCCUGGUGCACGUGUCCUACCUGGAAGUGUAUAAGGAGGAGUUCCGGGACCUGCUGGAGGCGGGCACCGCUAGCCGGGACAUCCAGCUUCGGGAGGAUGACCGCGGAAAUGUUGUGCUGUGCGGCGUGAAGGAGGUGGCCGUGGAGGGCCUGGACGAGGUGCUGAGCCUGCUGGAGAUGGGCAACGCGGCGCGCCACACGGGGGCCACACACCUCAACCGCCUGUCCAGCCGCUCGCACACCGUCUUCACCGUGACCCUGGAGCAGCGGGGGCGCGCCCCCAGCCGCCUGCCCCGACCCCCCGCCGGCCAGCUGCUGGUCUCCAAGUUCCACUUCGUGGACCUGGCGGGCUCGGAGCGGGUGCUCAAGACGGGCAGCACGGGCGAGCGGCUCAAGGAGAGCAUCCAGAUCAACAGCAGCCUCCUGGCGCUGGGCAACGUCAUCAGCGCCCUGGGCGACCCCCAGCGCCGCGGCAGCCACAUCCCCUACCGCGACUCCAAGAUCACCCGGAUCCUCAAAGACUCGCUGGGCGGGAACGCCAAGACGCUGAUGAUCGCCUGCGUCAGCCCCUCCUCCUCCGACUUCGACGAGACUCUCAACACCCUCAACUACGCCAGCCGCGCCCAGAACAUCCGCAACCGCGCCACGGUCAACUGCGCCCUGAGCUCCGCCUCCGGGCCCGACAGCGGCAUCGAGAGCGCCUCCGCCGAGGAGCCGGCCACGCAGGGGCCCGGCGGCCCAAAGGAAGAUGAAGGGGCACUGCAGUUGCUCGCCCUGCAGAGCCAGGUGGCCCGGCUGGAGGAGGAGAACCGAGACUUCCUGGCGGCACUGGAGGACGCCAUGGAGCAGUACAAACUGCAGAGCGACCGGCUUCGGGAGCAGCAGCAGGAGAUGGCCGAGCUCCGGCUGCGGCUAGAACUGGUGCGGCCUGGCUGGGGGGCCCCAGGGCUCCUACAGGGUCUGCCUCCCGGCUCCUUUGUGCCCCGGCCUCACACAGCCCCCCUGGGCGGUGCCCACAGCCACAUGCUGGGCAUGGUGCCCCCCGUCUGCCUUCCUGGAGAUGAAGUUGGCCCUGAGGACUGGGGAGAGCAGGUGACAAAUGGGAGAGAGGCUGGAGCCAAGCUGCGGGCAGAGGCCGACAGGCCAGGAAGCGGCUCUUCAGCUGCCUCCGAGGAGGAGGAGCAGGGGGAGGAGCAGAAGGAGGAACAAGAGGGGGGCCAGCCGCCCCUGCGGCCCCGGCACUUGCGCAGAACCGGGAUCGGCAAGUGGAGCCAGAGGGUGGGGGCCCGCCCAGGGAGCCCACGCGACGGGAAAGGCCCAGAGCCUCACCUUGAAGAACUGAAUGCAGCCAUCCCGGGGCCCAGAGUAGUUGGUGGGAGCAAGGCCCCGGCUGCCACGGCUUCUGAGUGGCGUCUGGCCCAAGCGCAGCAGAAGAUCCGGGAGCUGGCCAUCAACAUCCGCAUGAAGGAGGAGCUCAUUGCCGAGCUGGUCCGUACAGGGAAGGCGGCCCAGGCCCUGAACCGCCAGCACAGCCAGCACAUCCGGGAGCUGGAGCAGGAGGCAGAGCGGGUGCGGGCCGAGCUGAGCGAAAGCCAGAGGCAGCUGCGGGAGCUGGAGGGCCGGGGGCCCCAGGACGCCGGCGAGCGGGCCCAGCUCCAGGAGUUCCGCAAGAGGGUCGCUGCCGCCCAGAGUCAGGUGCAGGUGCUGAAGGAGAAGAAGCAGGCGACCGAGCGGCUGGCGUCGCUGUCGGCGCAGAGCGAGAAGCGGCUGCGGGAGCUCGAGAGGCACGUGCAGCUCAUGCGGCAGCAGCAGGGACAGCUGCAGCGGCGGCUCCGCCAGGAGACGGAGCAGAAGCGGCGCCUGGAGACCGAGAUGAACAAGCGGCAGCACCGCGUCAAGGAGCUGGAGCGGAGGCACGAGCAGCAGCAAAAGAUCCUGAAGAUCAAGACGGAAGAGAUCGCGGCGUUCCAGAGGAAGCGGCGCAGCGGCAGCAACGGCUCCGUUGUCAGCCUGGAGCAGCAGCAGAAGAUCGAGGAGCAGAAGAAGUGGCUGGACCAGGAGAUGGAGAAGGUCCUGCAGCAGCGGCGGGCCCUGGAGGAGCUGGGGGAGGAGCUCCGCAAGCGGGAGGCCAUCCUGGCCAAGAAGGAGGCCCUGAUGCAGGAGAAGACGGGGCUGGAGAGCAAGCGCCUGCGGUCCAGCCAGGCCCUCAGCGAGGACAUCGUGCGCGUGUCCAGCCGGCUGGAGCACCUGGAGAAGGAGCUGUCGGAGAAGAGCGGGCAGCUGCGGCAGGGCAGUGCCCAGAGCCAGCAGCGGCUUCGCAGGGAGAUCGACGCCCUGCGCCAGGAGAAGGACUCACUGCUGAAGCAGCGCCUGGACAUCGACGGCAAGCUGCGGCGGGGCAGCCUGCUGUCGCCCGAGGAGGAGCGGACGCUGUUCCAGCUGGACGAGGCCGUCGAGGCCCUGGACGCAGCCAUCGAGUACAAGAACGAGGCCAUCACGAGCCGCCAGCGGGCGCUGCGGGCCUCGGCCUCCCUGCUGUCCCAGUGCGAGAUGAACCUCAUGGCCAAGCUCAGCUACCUCUCGUCCUCGGAGACCAGAGCCCUGCUCUGCAAGUACUUUGACAAGGUCGUGACACUCCGAGAGGAGCAGCACCAGCAGCAGAUUGCCUUCUCGGAGCUGGAGAUGCAGCUGGAGGAGCAGCAGAGGCUGGUGUACUGGCUGGAGGCGGCCCUGGAGCGGCAGCGCCUGGAGAUGGACCGCCAGCUCACGCUGCAGCAGAAGGAGCAUGAGCAGAACGUCCAGCUCCUCCUCCAGCAGAGCCGCGACCACCUAGGUGAGGGGCUGGCGGACAGCAGGAGGCAGUAUGAGACCAGGAUCCAAGCUCUGGAGAAGGAGCUGGGCCGCCACCUGUGGAUGAACCAGGAACUGAAACAGAAGCUCGGUAGCCUGAGCGCCUCUGGCCAGAGCAGGGGUGGGGAGAAGAGGGCCCUGUGCCUGGACAGACCCGGCCCUGGACACGAAGAGGAGCUGCACCCUGGGCCUGAGCUGCUCUGGCAGCAGCCCCUCCCCGAGGGGGGCCCUCGCGCCCCGCUGCCACUGCCGUGGAGGCGCUCCAGCCUGUGCGGUGAGGAGCCGGGCAGCGCAGAAGAGCCCCUGGGGGGGCGGGCGCUCCCCGGGGCCGAGGCGGGCCUGCCCCGCAACCCCACGUCCCUGCCCAAGGCCCGGCGGGACCUGCGCCGCGCCAGCUCGGGUAUCAUCGAUGUGCGGAGAAACCCCCUGUAGGCUCCGGGCAGAGCCGCCUUGCGGGGAGGCCCAGCCUGCCCCCGGGUACCGUCGCCCGCGGUCACUUCUGGGAGACGGCCCUUAGCUCUCCCUCCAGAUCCGGUCCUGAUCUUCCACAGUGGCAAUCGGCAACCCUGGGCCACAGCCGCAGUGGGCGGGCUUUUUUUAAAUUUGUGCGUUCCUCCCUUACCUUUCCUUGGAGCUAUGGUACUGGCUUGCCGUGUUUUGGCCCGAGUUUCCUGAGGGCACUUCUGGUUCCAGACCUGCUUGCACGUGCCCACAGGCCUGGGCUUCCGCUGGUGCUGGACGCACAACUGUGAGUGGCAACCAGGCUGUGUUUUAAAUGGUGUUAUGUAUGUGCUGGGAAGCUGGGCAUAGUUUUAGAUUUUGUAAAACCAUUUUAUAAUAAAUGAGACUCUCUGAAGAGAAGAA